GCAGUGCAGUUAUUAUAUUCAUAAUUUUUCCAUUGCACAAUCAUCAUAAAAUUUGAUUGAAAUCUGUCGUCAAUGACUCUGCUCUUUUCCAUUUUGAUUUCAUAUUCAAAGACAGUGAAUACGUCAUCAGUCAUUUCACACUUCGCUGAAUUGUGCCAAGUAAAGUUGUAUAUAUGUAUGUCUGUAUGUCCAUUAAUGCAGAGAAAUGGUAGAAAUUGACUUAAAUGUUAGUGGAGCGCGCGGUGCCACGGUUAAGUGGUCCUCUAUGGCAUACAGAAAGAAAACUUCCGCUUCAAAGGGUUUGAUCAUACGGCAACGCAGUGGCUAUAAAUGCGACUGUCAACCACAUUUCCAACAUUGUGAGCUUUCGAACGCCAUCAAUGGAUAAAGACAUUCAAGUUGGGAACGAAUAAUAACUGUGCCGACACUAGUAGUUCAAAACCUAGAAAGGGAAAAGUAUUUAACUUUUAACAUGUUGUUUAUUGUAAUUGUAACCAUACAAUUGCUGAGUGCCCAAUGUGGCGCCCAACGAACUCACGCACGUCGCGAUCCACGCAAUCGUCAAACGGAUAUAAGCAACAUCAAUGAUCAUCUGCAACUCAGCGAUCAAAUCGCAACGCUCAAUGCAACCGCACUUUUCGGACAGUUACCCACACAGGGUUACAGUCAACCACAUUACUCAACCUCACUGCGUGCCACACCGCCUGAAGUCGCCAAAUAUCGUAAUUUUGGCAAUUACUUCCAAGUUAUUCCAUCGAAUACGGAGCUAACGAUGUUGGCGCCACCUGUCGCUACAGCCAAGCGAGAUCUUCAAAGGCACUCGGAAUAUUUAACCCCAUUUUCUUUUAAUCAUCAAGUACUGCAUUUGAGUAACGAACACCCACAGGAAGCACGAACGCGCCGUUACACGAAUUCUAGCGACAAUGCUGGAUUAACCAAUAAUGAUUUGAAGGAUUCAAAUGGACUUAAUGCUGGUGAUAAAGCUUUAUUAAUCGGAUCAGCCGCUCGUAGAACACAACGAGUGCCGCAAGAGAAUGUGCAAAAUCCGCAGAAUCAAAAAGAACAGCCUAAACUAAUUAAGCAGACACAAUCCUUUCACGAUAUAUACAUGCGAUUUACGAAUCCACAACAUCGCAGCUUUGGACAUGUCGAAUUUCAACCACAAAAACGCUUUGAGAAACGUUUCGAGUCGCAAAACAACAACAAUGGCAAUCGUCAUCGCGGCGAGAUUGUAUGGGCUGAUGCGACGGGCGGUUACGGUGAGCACCAUUGGGAUUUGACGCAAGGAAAACUACGUUGAGGCGCCACCAAAACGUGACUUUACGCAAUUCUUAAGUAUUUAUGCUAACAACAAUUUUGAAGGUAAAAUUCAUAAAGAUUCCAUUUGAUAUGCAAAUAUGAUUUAAUGUGUGUUAGUAUAACAGUACACGGAAUAAAGAAAGAAAGAGAGAAAUGGAAACAGUAAUAGAAAUAGAAAAUGCAACACAAUGCAAAAACAAAAAUAUAAAACAUUAUCUUCAAGAAUUGCAUGCUUCAUUUGCAUUAG